AAUUUGCUGUUGUCUAAAUUCAAUUUCUCUAGGAUUUCCACCCAAGUUUGCAACAAUGAAUCCUUUGGCUUUAACAGGAUUCAAAGGAUGGCGUUCGAUGCCGGAUUAUUCGAAUAAGAUCUACAACAAGAUUCUUAAUGAGGCCAAAACAGGUGUUGAAUUCGAGGAAGUUCAUAUAGCCGUUCUUGAAAUUAUCAACCAAUUCAACAAAGUAAUGCCAGGCACUCAUUUCGAUCCACCCUCGAGGAAAGUUGUGCAAGAAUUCUACAAGAGUAUUUUCGAACCAGCCGAAAAGAAGGACAAGAAGGAAAGGCUGAAGGAGUUCAUCAGAGCUCAUCUCAAUGUUACAAGAGCAUCUAGCAAGUCAAAUUACCUUAUUGGAUUAAGUGUUCCCUAUCUCUCUCUGCUUGGAAAGAGGGCAGCCCAAAAGGUGCCACAAGUGAGCAUGGUAUCUGUAGUGCCAGAUGUGGUUUUUGUGCCCUUUGCCACUCUCUUAGCCUUGGUGGGUGCAAAGUUCUAUGAGCAAACUGGAGGUGGGGUUGAUAAUUUUCUACUCCCUUCUGGCCCCAAAAGCUAAAGCACCAAUCCAUCUACAUGAGAGAGAAAAUACAUCUAUAGGAGAGAGAGAGAGAGAGAGAGAGAUAGAGUUGAAUAACAAGUAAAUUGCUCAGUUUCAUAAGUUGGCUAUAAAGUGAAGUGUCACAAAGUAAAUUGAUUUGUUU